UGUGAGAGCAGGAAAAUGGCAGAGGCCAGUAUUUCAGUAGAUCAGGAUCAGUUCAGCUGUUCAGUCUGUCUGGAUCUACUGAAGGAUCCAGUAGCUAUUCCCUGUGGACACAGUUACUGUAUGGUGUGUAUUAAUGGCUGCUGGGAUCAGGAGGAUCAGAGGGGGGUCUACAGCUGCCCCCAGUGCAGAGAGACGUUCACUCCGAGGCCUGUUCUACGCAGAAACAACAUGGUGGCUGAAGUGGUGGAGAAACUGAAGAAGACAGAAGUCCGAGCUGCUUCUCCUGCUCACUGUUACGCUGGAGCUGGAGAUGUGGAGUGUGAUUUCUGUACUGGGAGAAAACUCAAAGCCAUCAAGUCCUGUUUGGUGUGUCUGGCUUCUUACUGUGAGACUCAUCUCCAACCUCACUAUCAGUCUCCUGCCUUUAAGAAGCACAAGCUGGUCAAAGCCUCCAAACAGCUGCAGGAGAAGAUCUGCUCUCAGCAUGAUAAACUGAUCGAGAUCUACUGUCGUACUGAUCAACAGUUUAUCUGUUAUUUAUGUACGAUGGAGGAACACAAAGGUCACGAUACAGUCUCAGCUAAAACAGAAAGAACACAGAAACAGAGUGAAGUGAAAGAUAUGCAGAAGAAAUUCCAGCAGAGAAUCCAGGAGAAACAGAAGAAGCUGCAGGAGGUGAAACAGGCUGUGAAAACUCUUAAGCUCUCUGCACAGUCAGCAGUGGAGGACAGUGAGAGGAUCUUUACUGAGCUGAUCCGCUCCAUUGAGAAAAAGCGCUCUGAGGUAACAGAGCUGAUCAGAGAUCAGGAGAAGACUGAACUGAGUGCAGCUGAAGAACUCCUGGAGCAGCUGGAGCAGGAGAUCACUGAUCUAAAGAGGAGAAACACUGAGCUGGAGCAGCUUUCACACACAGAGGAUCACAUCCACUUCCUGCAGAGAUUCCAGUCUGUGAGUGUCUCUUCUGGAGGUGAAGAUUCACCCAGCAUCACUGUCCAUCAUCAUCUCUCAUUUGAUGGAGUGAGGAAAUCUCUCUCUGAUCUGAAAGAGCGACUGGAGGAAUUCUGCAGGAAGGAAUUCAGUAAAAUCUCUCCACAGGUUUCAGCAGUUCAGAUGAUUUUACCCUCAGAACCAAAGACCAGAGGAGACUUUCUACAGUAUUUCUGUCGACUGACUCUGGAUCCAAACACAGUAAAUCAGUUCCUCAGUCUGUCUGAGAACAACAGAGUGGUGAAGCGCAGUAAUAAACAGAUUUACUCUGAUCAUCCAGAGAGAUUUAACUGCUGGUAUCAGGUGUUGAGUAAGGAGAGUGUGAGUGGACGCUGUUACUGGGAGGUUGAGUGGAGCAGUACUGGGGGAUAUAAACUGUACAUAUCAGUAUCAUAUAAAGGGAUCAGCAGGAAAGGAUGGGGUUAUGAAUGCUGGUUUGGACACAAUGAUCAGUCCUGGAGUCUGCAGUGUUUUCCCUCUCUCUCUUUCUGUCACAACAACACUGAGACUAAGAUCUCAGCUCCUCCAUCCUCCAGAAUAGGAGUGUAUGUGGAUCACAGUGCAGGAACUCUGUCCUUCUACAGCGUCUCUGAUACAAUGACCCUCCUACACACAGUCCACACCACAUUCACUCAGCCCCUCUACGCUGGAGUCUGUUUUUAUAAUUUUGGAUCAUCUGUGAGAUUUUGUGAUCCACAAUAA